AUGUGGAGAAUCAGUGCAGAUGAGGCCAGGUGGAGGGACAGAAACAGGAAAGCCAAAGCCUCUCCACGAGCCGGGGGACGGAACGGCAAACCGGCCACCACUGAGGACGAAGAGGAAGAGGAGGAUCAGGACGAGGCACCGAGGAAGAGGGCUCGUAAGAAGAAAGCCAGUGCCCAGGACAGCGAGGAAGAGGAGGAGGAAGACGACAGAAGCGUCAAGCGGAAGGGCACAAAGGCUGCGGGCAGAAAGAAAAAGGCAGUCAAGGAGGAGAGUGAGGAGGAGGAGGAGGAGGAGGAGGAACGAGGGAAGAAAAAGAAAGGCGGAAAAGUGACUAUCAAGAAGCAGAAAGACGAGCAGAACAAGGAAAAGAAGGGCGAUGCCAAAGGCAAAGGAGGGAAGGAGAAAGGGAACGGGAAAGACAAGAAAAAGAAGAAUGGAAAGUACAGCAGCUCUUCUUCUUCAGGCGAGUCAGGGGACGAGGAUUCUCUGUCGGAAGGGGAGAUGGCUUCUCUGAAGGAGGAGGUGGAGGAGAAGAAGAAGCUGAUAGCCACGCUCAGGAACAAACCGUGGCGCAUGAAGAGGAGGCUCAAACUCCUCAAAGAAUGCCAGUCGUUUGUGGAGGAGUUCGAGGGGGCUCUGGGAAAGGGCAAAGGGAGGAAGCUCUAUGCCUACAAAGUCAUGAUGGCUAAGGUGAUGAUGGGUCUUCCGUAUGGGUCUAUUCCCAGAAAAACUGUUCCCAGAGCAGAGCAGGACAGAGCCAUGGACAUCUCUGUCCUCCUUGAUUUUGGUGGUUACUGCAAGUACUCUAUUCUGUUCUAUGGUUUCUAUAAUGACGAGCGCACCAUCGGAGUCCUCCAGUUCAGACUGCCUCUCUCCUACCUACUAGUUGGUGUAGGCAUCUUCGGCUACAGCCUGAUGGUGGUCAUUAGAACGAUGGCCCGUAAUUCGGACGAGGGAGGAGACGGUGGGGAUGACGGACAGUUCACCUUCGCAUUUAAGAUGUUCACCAGCUGGGAUUACCUCAUUGGCAACCCAGAGACAGCAGACAACAAGUACGCCUCAAUCACCACCAGCUUUAAGGAAUCCAUAGUAGACGAACAGGAGAACCAGAAGGAUGAGAACAUCCACUUGCGAAGGUUCCUGCGGGUUCUAGCCAACUUUUUAAUCCUCUGCAGCCUGGGGGGCAGCGGCUUCCUCAUCUAUUUUGUGGUCAAGAGGUCUCAGGAGUUUGCCAACCUAGAUCAGGAUGAGCUUUCCUGGUUUGAAAAGAAUGAGGUGGAGUUUGUGAUGUCACUGCUGGGGCUGGUGUGCCCCCCUCUCUUUGAGACCAUCGCUGAGCUGGAGGAGUACCACCCUCGUAUCGCCCUCAAGUGGCAACUGGGCCGCAUCUUCGCCCUGUUCCUCGGGAACCUCUACACCUUUCUGUUCGCCCUUUUUGACGAAGUCAACGCAAAGUUGGAAAAGGAGAAGUCUAUUAGGAAUGCCACUAUCUGGGGACUGAAUGAGUACUAUUCCAACUAUAGCUCCUACCACAACACUACUGACAUCCCCCCUCCAGACAUCCACCCUGCUGAUGUCAUCAGAGGGCCGUGCUGGGAGACCGCCGUUGGCAUAGAGUUUGUGAAGCUCACCGUCUCUGACAUCCAGGUGACGUAUAUGACCAUCCUGAUUGGUGACUUCCUGCGAGCCAUGAUCGUGCGUUUCCUCAACUACUGCUGGUGCUGGGACCUGGAGGCUGGAUUUCCGUCGUAUGGAGAGUUUGACAUCAGUGGCAACGUGCUUGGAUUAAUAUUCAAUCAAGGAAUGAUUUGGAUGGGUGCGUUCUACGCCCCUGGCCUGGUAGGGUUGAACGUCCUGCGUCUCCUCACCUCCAUGUAUUACCAGUGCUGGGCAGUGAUGAGCUGUAACGUUCCCCAUGAGAGGGUCUUCAAGGCCUCUAAAUCUAACAACUUCUACAUGGGCCUGCUCCUCCUGGUGCUCUUCCUCAGCCUUCUGCCUGUGGUUUACACCAUAAUGACCCUGCCGCCCUCCUUCGACUGUGGCCCCUUCAGCGGAAGGGAGCAAAUGUAUCAUGUCGUCAUGGAGACUAUAGAGAACGACCUACCAGCAUUCAUUGGGAAUAUCUUCACCUACGCAACUAAUCCUGGGCUGAUCUUACCAGCAGUGCUGCUGAUGGUGUUGGCCAUCUACUAUCUGAAUGCGACCUCUAAAAACUAUCAAAAUGCCAACCUGGAACUGAAGAAGAAGAUGCAAAUGGCUAGAGAUGAGGAGAAGAACAGGAGGAACAACAAGGAGAACACCAACCAGGUGAUGCAGGACCUGGAGGACCUCCUGCCCAACCGCUCUCUGCUCCCACCUGCUGCGGAGGAGGAGAAGCCCCCACCAGAGAGAGUGCGCGAGAAGGGAAGCAAAUCUCCCAAAGUGUCAAAACGUCCAGGAGCAGCAGCCAAUGGCAAGGGGGUUAAUAUUCAGAAGGAUGUAUCGUUGGCUGCACCAAACCCCAAAGCAGCUGUGACCCAUCCCCCAGGCCCAAGGGGGCCAUCUGGAAACACCAGAGGACCACCCCCAGGGCCGGCGAGAGGCAGAGGGAGGGGGACACCUCCCUCUAGACGCUAAACAGGUGAAAACCAGGGUGCUAGGAUGUCAAUACCACCCUGACAAAUCAGGCUGUAGACAAGCAGGGGAAGAGCAGGGUUGUGUUCAUUAGGUACCAAACGUAAGAAAACAGACCGA